AAGGGACCUCAGAGCAGCGGCGAAGGGGGCGGAAGGCUCGGCAGCGGCUCUGCCCCGGCAGACAGUCGGCCCUCCGUCGGCUCCUCUGGCUCCUGCUCCGGAUACGCUGCUGUUCGUGCGCACGGACCCGUGACCGUCUCCAGUGCCCUGUGCGGUCCGUUUCCCUCCCGCCCUGGCCUGCCCGCUGUCCUCUCCUGCUUCCAGAGCCAGUCCCUCGCGCUCCCGCCCUAGGGCAGACAGACCGGUCUCUGGGACCCGGCUCGCACGGAACCAGGUCUGCACGUGCCGUCGGCCGGCGUGAAUCGUGCGGGGACUGCCUGAGAAGUCAGGAGCGGCGUGGGACGAGGUGCAGCGCGCUUCACCUGACUGUGCAGCCCGUCUGAGGCUGACGACGGGAAGCUGUGCCUCUGACCCGAAGUAUCAGUGCUUUGCCAUGGAAGGGAGCGCUUGGAAGCUGACAGGAGUGGCCCACGAAAGUGGCGUUUCAUCCACGUGAUGGUGUUUGUCUGGCCUCGUAACUGUCUAGGACAGAGUCACUGCGUGUCUAGCUGUAGGGGACUUUAAACUGUCCCAGCACACGUGUCCCAGUGAGACAUGGCUUCCACGUGGCUGCAGGGAGCAGACUUCUCUGCAGGUUCCUGCCCUGGGGGGUGGGGGACUGGGUCAGGAGCCGGUGGGCUUCAUAAUGUAACAAGUUCCUGCAAGACGCACCCCCCACACACACACACAAACUGCAGAGAGAUUCUCAUCCACCGACUCACGUGGUUCGCUGUACUUCAGCCAGAACUUCAUACAUGUACAUGUAUGCAUGUGCGUGCGAAUAAAUAUACCUGCAUGUAUAUUUGUAGACAAAAAUGCAGGAACGUUUGCACAUUUUUGGAUGUUAAACUCACAUGGUAUGUCUGCUUGGCAGGAACUGUGUCAUCUGUUGAAAGUGAGGGAGUGCGAGAAUGUGUGAGCUCAGAGGCACACAGACAGAAGUGUUGGGGGCAGGGGAGAGGCGUCAGUGCCCAAGAUGGGACCCGAGGCCGGUUGCUCUGGCUCAGCCGCAGUCGUGGGGCAGACAGCUCUUCGGAGACGCCCUGGUGAGGAGGGUCUUCUUCGGCAGACGUGGCUGAUGGCCAGGUGCACGUCGGAGAUCAUGCUCACCUCGGCCGACACCCGCUGAAACCGGGAGCCGGGCAGUAGAGGGGAGGAGGUGGGCGGGGGCAAUGCUGUGGUCCCCUGUGCCAUGGACCAUGGGCGUAGGGAGAGAUUUUCUGUGAAAAGGCAAGAAGGAGACUACGUCGCAAAAACCGAGUGGAGCCUCUGAAUUUUAAGGUUAAAGGUAUGAUUCUAGGUAAAGUCUGGGUAUGGUAUGCAAUCUUGGAAGAAUUUGAACUCAGGAGGCAGAGACGAAUUCAAACUAUACCUAUGUCACUUUCUAACAUGUGCUUGCAUGCAUUUCUGUGCUUGCAUGCAUUUGAUUUUGUCACAUUACCGAAGUUCUGAACCUCAGAUAACGUCAUCUGUUAAAUUUAUAAAUGAGCCAUAAUCAGCAGGUUUAUUCCGAGGAAUCAGGAAGCAAAUAUAUGUAACUCUUUAAGCAUAGAGUUACAUUUACUAAAACUUUACCGUUACAAGUCACAAAUGGGUGAAUUAAACCUAAUUCUGUUAUGACUCAUUAUUGUCAUUUGUGAAAUACACAAUUAUUGAUGGUUUAAGGGAGCAUUUACAUAAUUUAUACAUGCUGUCUCACACACACACACUGAAAUAAAUAAUGAAAUUGGGGAAAUUGCUGCUAACAAUGACUGGUAAGGGCAGGAUUGCAGCUGCCGCUUUUCUAAAACAUCAGACGGAACAACCGAACUUCCUCCCACGAUGCCUUCCUUCCACGUCCUCCACGCCCACUGCCCCAUGAGGACGCUGAACGGGAGAGUCGUUCUGUGACCCACACACGCCGGUCUCUGACGCAAGGGACCUUCAGGGGUACAUGUGCAAGGUGGAUGCCGUUCCUCUGAAUGGAAUAAGUCACUGAAUUGAAGAACCCUAUCAUGAAAAGUAUUCCCAGUUCCCUUGGUUCAUAACCAUCUUCGUGCAGAACAAACCUGAAGGUCAGGCGGAGGGCUCGGUGUUCCGGGGAACCUCACCUGGAGAAGACGGACUGUCCGGGACAAGCGUGCGCGGGGGCCGGCGGCAGGAGUAGUAGGGCUGCACUGAGGGACCAGGCUGCUGCACGGAGUAGGAGAGACAUUGCUUGUGAGCAAGCUACGAAGAUGGAACCUGAGCGGUUUCUCCGUGGCGGCUGGAGGUAGAGGCAUGUGUGGCAUGAAUCAGGGAUCGAGAGUGAGUCGAGAAUCCUGGGCAUCGUGGGUCUGUGGGCAUGCAGCCCUGCAGCCCUCAGCUUCUCUAAGGCGAAGGCGUGCGGAGCAUCUUCGGAGCAUCGGUCCUCAGCCUCCUGACCCUGGGGGGCGAGGGCUUCCCACUGCGUCUCAGUCCAUGCUGCCUGUCGCUGUCAGCUGGGCUAGGGAGGCACUCGGGCUCCCGGACAGCUGGGUCUGGAAACUGUAGAUGGUGAGGUCUCAUGGCUUCCCUCUCCUUCCCCAGCUUUGCAACCUGUGUGGUGAAGACCCAGAGGACGGUUGGCAGCUGAGCUGGUGACAUGGAGUCGCAGGAAGCGGUGUCCUUCGAGGACGUGGCCGUCAACUUCACCCGGGAAGAGUGGGCCCUGCUGGAUGCGUCCCAGAGGAGGCUGUUCACUGACGUGAUGCUGGAGAGCAUCAGCCACCUGCUCUCGACCGGCAGUUGGCUCCACAAAUCCGAUGUGAUUUCCCAGUGGAAGGAGGGAGAGCAACUGUCAAGAGACGGGACAGGUGCGCUGCAAGGCCAGAGUCCAGUUAUUUCAGACAGGGAAGAUGAUUUUAAAAAACAAGAAAGGACAUCCACUCAACGUUUCCACAGGAAGGACAUGUCCCUAGUCAGGGCCAUGCAGAGAUUUCCUACCGAAGAAGAUCCUUUUGAAUGUAAUGAUCUGGGAGAAAAUUUUACUACAAUCUUAACAUUGACUCCAUGUAUGAUACCUCGCAAUGGAGAGAAACCCCACACCAUCCAAGAAUUUAGAAGAGUGGUCAGUCACUUUGAUCAGGAUAAACCAGGAGGUGCGAGGAGUAAGCCACACGAGUGUCAGGGUGGGAGCGCUUUGACUAGACGCUGUGCCACCAGACAGCACCGCAGAGCCCAGGGUGGAGAGAAGGCCUUCGCGUGUCACGUGUGUGGGAAAGCCUUCCGUAAUGCCGCGAACCGCAGGAGACACGAGAUGAUUCACAGUGGAGAGAAGCUGCACGGGUGCCACCUGUGUGGCAAGGCCUUCACUCACUGCUCUGACCUCAGGAAGCACGAGAGGACGCACUUUGGGGAGAAACCACAUGCGUGCCAUCUCUGUGGGAAAGCCUUCAGUAAAAGUUACAACCUUAGACGACAUGAGGUCAUUCACACUCGUGAGAAGCCGCACGGGUGUCACCUGUGUGGCAAGGCCUUCACUCACUGCUCUGACAUGAGGAAGCACGAGAGGACGCACUUUGGGGAGAAACCAUAUGCGUGCCGUCUCUGUGGGAAAGCCUUCAGUAAAGUGUCUUACCUGAGACAACAUGAGCGGACUCACAAUCAGGAGAAGCCACACGAAUGUCACCUGUGUGGGAAGGCCUUCACCCACCGUUCCCACCUUGGCAAACACGAGAGAACUCACACCGGAGAGAAGCCCUACGAGUGUCGUCAGUGUGGAAAAGCCUUCUCCGACUCUUCUGUCCUCAGACGACACGCGAGGACACACACCGGGGAGAAGCCCUAUGAGUGUCGGUCGUGCUGGAAAGCCUUCGCUGACUCUUCUGUCCUGAAACGACACGCGAGGACACACACCGGGGAGAAGCCGUACAGGUGUCACCUGUGUGGGAAAGCCUUCAGCCACUCUUCUGUCCUCAGGCGACACGAGAGGACUCACACUGGCGAGAAGCCGUACAAGUGCAGCCUGUGUGGCAAGGCCUUCAACAGAAGCUACAACUUCGCCCUGCAUCAGCGGAUUCACACCGGAGAGAAGCCAUACAGGUGCUAUCUGUGCGGAAAGGCCUUCAGCAAGUAUUUUAAUCUUAGACAACACGGAAGGACACACACCAUAAGGGUUAUAAAUGUGGAAGACUCACCGCCCAUACUUCAAAGCUCUAAACACUCUUGAGGGCUCACACAUUGAAAAACAAAAGCUAUGUUUGUAAUCAGUCGGGAAGAGCCUUCAUUCAUCCGUAUUUUGUCCAGCUGAAGUUAACUCAGAAUGGACAGAGUCCACUUGCGGAGCGUUUCCCUGACAAAGUCUUUAGACAGUGGACUGACCUGGUAGAAGUCAAGCUGCAAGUGGAAUGGGUAUGUGAGAGCCUUUGUCCACAGUUCUGUCAAUCAAACCAGACGGAGAAGUCAGAGGCUGGCCCGGGGGCGUGGACUCACAGGGCCGGGGCGCUGGCUGUGUGGGGCCCGCAGGCCGCUGGUGGGGCAGGACCUGGGCUCUGACCCUGACCAUGAGGUGCUGCUGGCUGGGGCUUCUCACCACAUACGUGGUGGCGGGUGCUGUGGCAGGGACUCUGGAGCGCUGUGUGACGGGCCCCCUGACUGCGCUGAGGCGAGGCUCCGACCAGCUCCGUAUUCCACCUGGGGCUGACCCGACCCCGGGCCCGGCCACAGCCAGCGUGCCAGCCUCCUCCAGGCUCCUGCUAGCACUGCGCCGUCUGACCCCCGUUCCCCGCCAGCGGGGUUUCUCCUGGGCGGGGGUCCCAGCAGGAACCAGGGCCUUUUCCUCACCGGCAGUGAGACCUGGAUCCAAACUGAGGAUGGAAGUCUGCCAGCCCAUCCCUGGGUCUCAGCAGGGACUAGACAGGACUAAGGCGGGAGAGUGGAGAGCAGGUGGGGGACACUGACAAUGAGGGUCCAGCCGACUGGCUUGAGUCAGACCCUCGGUAGCUGGUGGUGGUCCCUGGGCAAGUGCUUGUCCAAGCCCCCUGCUGUGUCUCCCCAUGGCAGUCACAGGCAGGAGGCAGAAUCGGGGGCCUCUCAGCCACAUAAAGAUUCAGUUCAUCUAACCCAUGAGUGACUGAGGGGAAAUGGGGAAAUCACAUGUCAGAGAAACUCUGUGCACGUAACCAGUGUAGACCUCAUGGGAUUCAUCAUUUGUCCUUUAAACAAAGCAGUGAACCACACAGGAGAGCAGCCCUGGACCUGCGGCAACUGCACACUGUUCAGCCACGCCCCGCCCUGCCCUGGUGUGCGCCCGAAUAUUCUGGGCCUGGUGGCUGCUGAAACAAGCAGCGAGUGGCACACACCCACGACCAGGAGGGCCGUGCUGCUGGAAGAUUAGCAGAUGAUCUGCUGAAAAAGCUACUCUAUGAAGAAGGGUAAAGGGUAAAAUGGUAUUUACCAGAGAGCCUAGGCUGUGACUACCUGCCACAAACUGCUUUUAGUUAUUAAGUUUUAAUUUCAGACCCUCCUUUGUGGCUGCUUUGGGUCCCUGAGUUUGUAAGGCUGCCUUGCAGGCCCCCUGAGCUUUCAGGCUUAGCACAUGGCCCCUUUCCUUCCACACUGUUGCUGCCAGUGACUGACGUUCAGAACGGCCCUGCGUGGGUUUGGUGGUGGGCGAACAAAGCCACAUCGCAAUUUAUUUCAUGACGUGGCUGGUCAGUUCAGCGGCUUUGUCGCUGUGGCCGGGUGAACAGCGCCCAUCACGCACAUUCACUCCUGAGUCCCUGUGUCGGAAGGCAGCACGCAUCCUCACGGGACUGGCGUGGGAGAUGAUGUGAACGGGAAAGUAAAAAGCAGACACUGGUAAAGUCUGUAUAUCAAGUUACUGCUUGGGUGGGAGACUUUGAACUUGGUGAGACAUGCACAGGGGGGCUGGAGUGAGGCUGGCUGACCUCUCGUUCCGUGGCGGGCUCCCAGCCGCAGACGGCGGACACAGCCCGGCCAGCUCCACCCCGACGCAGCCUCCACUGGGAAGGGGCCCUCCGGGCUCCGCGUCUGCUCUGUCCGGCUGCUUUGGGAACAUGAGACACGAGGGAAAACCUAAUCGCAGCUGAGUUCCACGGGCGUCAGGCCAGUCCGGGCUCCCGCCUCUGGCACGCUGCCCCGCCCUUGCACCGGGCUUGGAUUGGCCAGACAGAGGCACCCAUCUCACUAAAUAGUAGAGAACAUGGAGAGCGUUUGAAAGGGAACCUUGACUAUUCUUUUAUAUAUACUUGACUUCACUGUACUUCAGUUUUAUAAAAAUGCCUUUUCAUGACACCUGGACCCAAAUGCCAGCAACCUGGGAGAAGCAUUUACUCGAGCGGAAGAAUAACCACUGUCUGUUUCCACCUGCACACCACAAACAUGGAGCUGCUAUAAUGCUUCACACAAUUCCCGGGUACAGGAACAAUAAUAAGACCGGUAUUUUUGAACACUUGGUCAAGACUGUACAUAAAAAUACCAUCCUAUUUUCCUCCUAAGUCCGUAAAAUUCCAGAAAUUGUUCUCCCACAUCUGCAUGUAUUCAGGAACUUCAAGUUACACUUUGCACGACCUUAAUUCCCAAUCCCUGGCUAUUUGGGCUCAGCCACAAAAGAUCAAAAUCAGCAAAGAUGGUGACUUGCUUGAACUCAGCCCGUCUCCCAGGAUGCAGGCUGCGCUGCACCCACCGGCCCUCUGCAGCAGCGGGUGCUGUGCGAGGCUGGGUCUCGGAGCUGUCCUGAUUUGUUCUUCCGGCAGCUGAGCAAGUGAAACUUGCCCCUGGCCUGGCAGCAGCGGCCCCACACUCUCCCCAGAGUGCGCCAGAGCCCAGUGGCCAUGGGACCAAGGCUCGAGAGCCAAGUUGUGGUCAUCCCUGGUGGGGACUGGAGGCAGUUGCCCACCCCCUGGGCCCGGGGCGUGUGGUAGGUGCAUGUCCUGCUAGUCUUAACAACAGCAGUUCAACUCGCUCCCUUCUGCCAGGAUUCCAGGGAAAGAACCCAUUUUUAUGGCAUGUGACCCCCUGCUUGCAGGUUAUGUAAUAACACAAAUAGGCUUUAUCAGUCCGCGUGACAA